AUGUUCUUUGAAGAGAACCUUAACGACACCACAGAUUAUGAGCCGCUCCUGCACGAUGAUGGUGCGUCGGUGCGGCCCCUCUCGCAGGUCAGCGACGGUGGUGCCUCCUCAGGCACACCUUCUAUGGGUGGCAUCAACACCACUUUUGGUCUUGAUGGCCUCUCGUUGACGCCAACAGUAUCAGGUGUUGGAGCGGAAGCUACAACGCAGAGCGCGUCCGCAGCGGCGAUUCAGUUGCUGAUGGAAGCCACUGCAAAUGAGCGCUUCAGCCCCGAAGUGUUGCCUUACCCUGCGUCCGCCAUCAACACCGUCAUCAACAUCAUCCAGCGAGCCCAGAGACAGCUCGAGACGAUGGUGGCGAAAGAGACGCGCGAGGGAGCCGCGCGCUCACUUUUGCCUUUCCGUCCACUAGACAUCAUUGGUUUGGAGCUGCAGCGCGUUCAGUUCUUUUUGUGUGAGCUGCUGCGCUGUCGACUGCGCAAGAUCGAUCGUCUCGCCACGUCCAUCUACUACGAGGGCCUCGUGGCUGCUCAAUCCUCUGUGCCGCAAUUGGGGCUACGACACGCGGAUGGGACUGAAGAGCUCUCCUCUGCCUCUGCCACCACUGCUCUACCAGAGGUGCGUAUACCGCAGAGACAAAACUUAUCGCCCAAGGAGCAAUGGGUAGCGGAUCGACUGGCGCGAAGUGCACACGCGACGCUGAUGAAGUCGGGUCUCCAAUCGAUGCCGGCGGCGCUGCAGCAUCUUGUUCCCCAUUCAUCCGAGGCUGAGGGGCUGGAGAUACUGCCGGAGCCGGACCUCGGAAUGUAUGUGUUCGGUGUAGCUCUUGAGGAUCUGGGUGUUGUGAACCUCGGCGAAGGUGGCCAAGACGCCUUGCGUGCCAUCAACGCCGGCGAAUUGUUCCUCACUCCCUACCGAAAUUUUCGCCCCUAUGUUAUGUCAGGUCAGGUACGGCUGGUUUGA